CGGUGGAUAAAAUCUCCGCACCGCCGAUAGGCUGGUUCCUUGUUUAUACUCUGUCAAUCCACAAGUCAAAGGGGGAGAGGUCAGUCUUGCUAUGCUAGCAAGACUACUCCGCAGCCCAAACUGGGACGUCAACAAAGUUAUUCAUUCAUUUUAGUUUCCCUCUGUUUUAUCUACAGUAACGUUGAAACAACGACAUGAGUUCUGCUGCCUCUUCGACUAUUGGAGAUUUAUUCCUCACUCUCAGUGAGAUGGGCUUCUCAGAGGAACAGAUCCAGGCAGCUGUGCAAGCAGGACAUUUUUCUGUACCAGAGGCAGCUGAGUGGCUUUUACAGGGUCAGGUUCCACGCCAUAGGUUGAUAAAACAGUCAUCACAGCCAGCAGAAACAGCUUUUUCUGCAUUCAAUCCUCCCAAAGAGCCUGCAAACACUUCUGGUUCACAAAAAUCUCCUAGUGAAGGUAAAGGAUGUCCUUCGUUGGUGCUAAGACCAUCACAGUCAUGUAACCUGUCUACUGACCCACUACCAGUGGAGUCCCGUAUCAAACUGGACAAGGGUGACUUUGAAGAACAACAGAGACAACGUAUCGCACAGGAGGCCAGAGCAGAAAGACGACAAAAGAAACAGGAGCGUGAGCUGGUGUUGAAGCGAAUAGCAGAAGAUCGGAAGAGCUUGCAGGAGAAGAUCCAGACUGGUGCUGCUAUAGAGACGUCUCCAACUGGUGAUGGGCAGAAACUUGGGGGAAAGAUUCAGACAAAUGUGGACAACAACUGUAUUCUUAUGAUUCGACUUCCUUCCGGUGAGUCGAUGCGUGAACGUUUCCCAGCCGACGCCCCUCUGCGCAGUGUCAUGGAGCACAUCACUGACCGGCACCCGUCCCUAGCGUCCUUUUCUCUCCUUCAGGGAUUUCCACGGAAGCGCUUCGGGGAGGCGGAGCUCACUUGCUCCUUGCGUUCUCUCGGCCUCACUCCUAACGCCGCACUGUGUAUUCAGACCACUCCCCCAGACACACCCCACGAUCCACCCAGUCCGGCAGAACCUCCAUCAGCAGGACAAAAUGAGCAGGCUCCUCCUUCCCUUCCUCUUCCUCUUCCUCUGCCACAUUUACCUGUCCGAGAGGGGCUAGGGGGGCUGGACCCUAUUCUUCCCCCUCCGUUACCUAACCAGGUGUGGGAGGAGGCGGUGAAUUAUGCAGGAAUACCUGAAAUUGGUCCUUCACUUUCUGGUCCUUCUCAUGUUUGGGGGCGAGGCCAGAGGUUGGUUCCUGGUAAUCCUGAUGAGGCUGCUGGCAUAGAGGUUGAUGAAGACCAAGAAGAAGAGGGAGAGCCACGUCACAUUCCUAAUGGAAUGCCGAGGCUGCCUUUCUUUCCAGAGAACAGGCUUCAUGGAGGAUUUGAGCCCAGGCACCACUGGCCAGAGCAAGGCAAUCGACUCAGGGAGGUGGAGGACCCAGCAGAUCCAGAGGCUGGAGGUCCAGUGGCACCAGUUGCUGCAGGUCAAGCUGCAGUGGAGCGCCUUCAGAGAGCUGCACAGCAGGAGGACGCCCGCUCCUCCCAGGGCCAGCCGUCGCCCCCUAAAAAACCGUUCAGGACACCCAGCGUGCAGUCCCUUUGUGCCUUGGCCACCCGUGCAACUGUCCACCUCAUGACCGCUCCCAGCAUGCAGUACAGCAGCAGUCUGGCAGGUCUGACCCCAGAGCUAGCCGAGCUUCUGCUCAAUCACAUGUCCCGUGAGAGGCUCCUACGUCCUCGCACUCUCGAGCUGUUUUUUGGCUGUCCAUUGCAGAAGUUUGUCCUUAACUGCUACCCGUACUCCACCAAUGAGCUCCUGCGGCAGUUACGCGCAUUCACCGCACUAAAGCAUCUCAGUCUGGUCAACUCACCUCUCAUCACUGACGUUGGCCUAUCAAUCCUGCCCAGCCUGGUCAAACUCCAGUAUCUCAACCUGUCCGCCUGUAGCAAACUGACCGACUCCUGCCUGCAGCAUAUUACAGGUUUGAAGAGCCUAUGUUUCCUGUCCCUGGACCAGACCAAAGUCACUGAUGCGGGGAUGGUGAAGUAUCUUCACUCCGCCCCGUCUUGUCUGUCUCAGCUCAGCCUGAACCAGACUGCAGUGACUGAAGCCACUCUGGUGCUUCUGCCCACCUGUGUGCCACAGCUUCGACUCCUCAGCAUCAAGCAGACAAAGGUUACGGAUGUGUCCGCUUUGGCUCAGCUGUGCAGCUUACAGACACUCAAUCUAGAUGGUACUGGUGUCACAGAGGGACCACUGGAACACCUCGCCCACCAUCCUGCCCUGUCUUCCCUCAGUUUGGCAGGAAUCCCAGUAGUGGAUGGCAAUCGCACCCUGCAGAUCAUCUCAGGUCUUAAGUUGACUCAGCUGACCCUCCCUGGGCGUCACUCUGUAACUGACAGUGGGUUGUCCUUCCUAUCAAGCCUGUCUCUGCUCUCAGAACUGGACCUGACAGACUACACCCACGUCACAGACCAAGGAGUCAGCAGCCUGUCCACUAUGACCAGGUUAAAAAAGCUGUCACUUAGCAACACUCAGGUGUCGGAUGCGGGGCUUCCCUCUCUGCGUGGCCUUCAGGAGCUGCAGGAUCUGUGUUUGGAUCGAACAGCUGUCACCAGCAGAGGAGUAGCUGACCUCAUCACCUGUCUGCCACACCUUCAGGUUUUGGGUUUGGCCAGCACUCAAGUGGGAGACACAGUGAUCAGAAGGGGAAUAAUCCGUUGCAAUCAGCUGGUUAAGCUUAAUCUUAGCCGCACACGGAUCACAGACCACGGUCUGAAAUUGCUGAGACACAUGCAUCUCGCUCAGGUGAAUCUGGACGGUACUGGUGUGAGUCUGUUGGGGAUCGCAAACCUCCUCUCUCUCACCAACAUCAGCAGCAUCCGGGCGAGCAACACCCGCACCAUUCCCCCUGACGAGGUCUCAGAUGAGGAGUGGGAGGCCCACUGAGAAUCCCUGUGGGUGGGUCCAUACAUAAAUCUGACUCUGUUGCCCCCCUUUUCAUCCCUUAAAAAUGCUGCUAUCAGGAUCACCUGGAAACAGCAUGAAUCAAACACUCCUCCUACUUGCACUGUUUCAAUGGCGGCUUGUGCCACUAAUCUGUCAAUCACACACGCUACCAAGUUGAAACUAUACCCAGGAGCCUUGUAUUAAAACUAGGCAAUUUAAA